AUGCUUCAAGCUUCCUUCCGGGGAAUCUUUACCAACCAACGUCUCAUUUCACUACGGAAGGCGUCGAGUCUAUCUGCUGCUCGGGGGCGUCGAGCUCCCAUAGAUGUUCAUCCUGAGGUAGAGGAUGCAUUGGCUACUGGAAAGCCUGUAGUCGCCCUCGAAUCGACCAUCAUUACCCAUGGAAUGCCAUACCCAACUUCAUUGGAGAUGGCCCAAUCAGUUGAGAGGAUAGUCAGGUCCACAGGGAGUAUACCAGCCACCAUUGCUGUUAUUGCAGGACGCAUCAAGAUUGGACUUCAUCCAGCAGAACUGGAACGUCUUGCAGACCAACACUCAAACCCAACCGCCGUAAAGUUGUCCAGGCGAGAUAUUGCGGCUGCAAUUGCUCUGAAGAAGGAUGGCGGGACUACGUGUUGUUCCACCCUCAUCUUUGCUGCACUGGCUGGUAUCAAGGUCUUUGCCACUGGAGGGCUCGGUGGAGUACAUCGCGGCGGGGAGAAGACAAUGGAUGUUUCAGCUGAUCUACAUGAACUCACGCGUUGUCCAGUUGGACUGGUUUCAGCUGGAGUGAAAUCCAUUUUAGAUAUAAGGCGAACCCUCGAGUAUCUGGUGUGGCUGCUAAAAAUGUUCGAAGAAUUUAUCUCUAAUUCGUUCACGCAGGAAACGCUUGGUGUACCAGUAGUAUCUUACGCAGAGACGCACGAUUUCCCGGCUUUCUACAGCGGUCGAAGCGGUUUUGAGUCACCUUGGAGGAUAAAUGAUCCUAGAACAGCCGCUCAGAUUCUACAUACUCAUUGGCAACUGGGCAUGUCUAAUGGUGCCCUUUUUGCUGUUCCUAUCCCUGCUGAAUAUGAGGCUGUGGGAUCGGCCCUUCAAGAGGCGGUCGAACAAGCUGUUCGCGAAUCUGAAGAACAAAAUAUCAGCGAGUUAACACAAGGAAAAUCACUUGCCAGCAACAUAGCCCUUGUCGAGAAUACUGCGCUCGUCGGAGGUCGAAUUGCAGUAGAAUACGCGAAAAUUGCUGGAGACAGACAUGACCAGGAUCAAUGCUAUCCUGUGACAGGAAAACCCGAUGAGCCUCACAGUGCAUCUGAUGUCGCCUCAUCAGGGACUACUGAUGAUUUCAAAGGGCAACCACUACCGAACGCUUCGUUGGUCGUAGUUGGUUGUGCUGCAGUAGAUAUUACAUCACAACCUCUCACAGAUUCGGACCUUGGACACCAGUCCACGUUUCCUGGGAAGGUUUCCAUGUCACUUGGAGGUGUUGGUCGCAAUAUUGCUGAGGCUGCUCACCGAGUCCUUUCGUCACAUAGUGACGAGUCCUCGGCCGCAACUUUACUAGUGUCUUUAGUCGGCGAUGAUUCUUUCGGGAGACUGUUAAGCGAGGAGACACGAAUGCUAGGGAUGAGAACAGAUGGUCUUAUUUCCGUGCGGGGAGGUAGGUCGUCCGUGUGCAGCCUACUUUUGGAGGGAUCGGGAGCAUUGAGGGCAGGCGUGGCUGACAUGGAUCUCGUUCGGAAUAUGGAUGGACAUGUGGCACGUGAAUUUAUAUUGGCACACAAACCAAAACUACUUGCAGUGGAUGGGAACUUAUCACCUGAUACACUGAAGGUAGUAGUGAGCGAAUGUUCUCGAAAUGGAGUUGAUAUUUUUUUGUUCGUCCACAUUCAUGUUACUAUCAAAGGAGCUGCUAAUAACACUUCAAAAUUUAGUGAACCAACUUCUGUCGUCAAGUCAGCUUCGAUUCUUCCCGCUAUAGCCGGUAAUCUCGACCAGCUUGCAUGGUCACCCAUUACUUUUGCAUCUCCUAAUCUGCUCGAGCUCGCUCAUUUGUAUCAACAAGCACAACUUCUGAAUCUCACUUCACAUGACCGAUGGUGGCAGGUUCUGGACAGCCUCGGACUUGGUUCGAAGUUCCGUACAGACCUCGAUCUGCUUUCUCGAAGAGAAGCAUCAAGUCACGAUACUUCACGAGGAAACCUGGCCUUCCUUGUUGAAAAGGGUGUUGCCCAAAUGGCAAUCAAUCUCCUACCAUUUUUUCGACACCUCGUCAUCAAGUGCGGUGACUUGGGAGUCGUUGUCGUAAUGUGUUUCACGGGAGAUGACGCGGCUGAAUCAUCGUGGUCGACGGAGUCGACUAACCAUCAUAAGCGCUAUGUGGUGUCCCACUCGCCUACGUCGGGUGAUAUUGUGGUUUUGCAGCAUUUUCCUGCAAUGCAACUCCCAAGCGAUGCAUUGGUCAACACAACAGGUGCAGGAGAUUCGUUGGUUGGAGCUUUGCUGGCCGCAUUGGUGCAGUCUCCGAAGGCGUUCCACUCCACAAUAAGCCUACAACGUACGAUAGACGUCGCUCAGCAUGCCGCCCUGCUGAGUUUGCAGAGCCCGCUUGCUGUUUCGCCAUUGCUAUCAUCCUUGCACGGAAAACUUUCCCAUCAAUAA